AUGAACUCACUACCGUUAGUUCUUCAGCGUAAGAUUUGCUCAUUCGCAGGGGCGCCAAAGCUUAUUCCUCAUGAUAUUAACAUACAUAAUGACUGUAUUUCUGCUUUGAAUUUUGCAAAACGACUGAAUGAACCUUCCACUUACAAUUUGCAGCGUUUGUCGUAUGUAUGUCGUACAUGUCGCAAUAUCGUCGAAGAAUUGUGCAUGGAACAUGAGACCUCUUGCGUUUUGACGCUACAUUUUACUGCAUAUGACAAAGAAGAAGAAAACCAGAUCAUACAAAAACUAGCAACCGAUCAAACGGGCGACAAGUUACUGGACUUGCGAAUUGUCAUUCCCGAAGAAAAACGUGCUCCUUGGUGGGAUCUGAGUGCCCAAUACCAGAUUCCGCUCUGA